AUCGAAAAGAACAAUGAUCACAAUUAUAAUGAGAUAUUGGAGGAAUUGAAUGAAUUUAACAUUCGAGAUGUGAUCUGCGGAUUCGGUAGCGAUCCCGAUCCAAGAGCAGCGCUUAAGGCACUCCUUCAGCUUCAUCGGCGUGGAUGCAAGCUUGAUAUGUCGCUAUACAAUAUGUGUGUGACGUGCUUGUCGGAUGACUACGAAGAAGUUCGGAUCGAAGCGCUGAGCUUAAUAUGGGUCCUGAGCACCAUUCACCCCGAGCACAUGAUGAGUUAUGCGUUGGAUGAUGGAAAAACUCAAAAAAUUCGACUUCUCGAUGAUGCAUUCAUUAAAAUUUGUGACAUGGUUUACGACGGCUCGGUGAAGGUUCGAAGUAAGGCUUGUACCAUCAUGGGAAGUUAUCGUCAAGUUGGUGAAUCAAUUCUAUUGGAGACUUUGAGUCAGAAAGUUAUAAGUCACGGAAAAACCAGGAAAUCGAAUCAAGGAUACGGAAAGAACAAAAGAUCCAGGUUCAUACCAACCCCUGAAGGAGAUUUAGAUGUUGAAUCGGAAGAGCUUCCCCUUUUGAAAUCUAAUGUUUGCGGGGCGUUCAUUCAUGGCCUGGAGGAUGCAUAUCAGGACGUUCGGAAUGCCGCCAUUGAUAUGUUCCAGGAUGAAAUUGAUUCCGUUCGGCUAAAUUCGAUCAACAGUCUCUGCAAAAUAGGGACCAAAUACCCUAUUGAACUUGAUUCAGAAUUGUUACAAAUUACCGUCUGUGUGCUAAACGAUUCAGAUCCGGUGGUUCGAAUGUCGACACACCGAAUGUUAGGAGUGGCGAAGCUAAAAUCGCAAGAUUUGAUACCUCAAUUUGUGGAUUCCCUGAUACCCAGUAUGAACAAGUACCCAGAAGAUCAGCUAUCAAUCUAUCGAUGCUUUAAGAACGUGGGAUUGACGCACGGUGAUUAUAUAGAGCAUUACGUGCCCAUAUUUUUCAAGAUGGAAUCGACCUAUAUUUCCAGAGAGAUUAAGCAGAAUGAUCCUCAACGAAAUUUGAUACUUGUGUUUAAUGCAUCAACCACGAACCCCAAAAUACUUUCCAUGCUACCUGACUAUGCAGGUCGGCAUUACGAAUACCUCCGCAUCAAAUUUCCUGAUUGUUUUCCGGACGUUAACAUUUCGGGCGACUCGCCAAUGCAAGUCGUUCAGAUUGAUCAAUCCGACACCGAUGGUAAAUCAGCGAUGUAUACGUGUAAGCAGAUGUCUCGCUCGUUCGAUGCUAAUUUUAAAAUUCGUCUGGCUCGUUUAGAUUAUAUGUUGUCGUUCAUGGGAGCAACCUUAAAGGACAUUCGAUCACUGGGUCAACUGUUUAAACAUCGAAAUUUUAACAUCAAUGGGAUGUCCGAGAGGCAGCAAACAUUGUUUCGAGGUUUUAGCAAACGCAUAAAGGAUUCGGAGAGGAGAUUAGAGAACCGAUACAUCCCAUUGAGAGAGAUCGGUAAAGCUCGGAGCAAACUUGAAAAGUUUCAGAAGAAUCCCAACUUCGGGAAUGCUACACAGCUAUUCGAUUACAUAUCGGAAUUUAACCUUUUGGAUAUUGGAAUUGGAAAAAAUAUCAGAGUCACCGAAGCCACCAUAACACAACCAGCCUCAAACCCCACCGUGCCGAUAGACUUUCAGUCACAAUUUCCCCUUCCAAUUAACAUCGAGGCCGAAAUCCACGACAUAAAUGAUCCAGGCUCAUUAGCAAUUCAGGUUCUUAGUCAAUCAAAUGAAUCCUCCUACAUUCAACUCGGGAUAGUCCGGGAGUAUCAGCCUGAUCUACCGGACGUAGAUGCUUACAUAACGCGCUUGGGAGCUGGCGGUAUAAUCAAUAACGCUGUCUCUGGGUGCUCCUUGGCUCUCUCGGAGCAACGAUUGGCUAUCGUUGGUCUUGACACCGGAGCUCAACCACUUUACAACGAUGAUGAGACAAUAUUCCUUUCGGUGAACGGUGAAAUUUAUAAUCACAAGAUUUUGGCGAAACAGAUAAAAGGAAAUCCUCAUUUCCGGACUCAUUCGGAUUGUGAGGUCAUCCUUCACCUGUACAAUGAGGUGGGGAAAGAUGUUGUCAAUUACCUUGACGGAAUGUUUUCAUUCGUCCUCCUUGACACAACCAAGAAUCGGUUCUUAGCGGCGCGCGAUCCCAUCGGAAUUACCACCCUUUACCAGGGAUGGUCCUCUUCGUCCCCGGGGACCGUCUACUUCUCUUCGGAACUAAAGGCACUUAACGAGGAAUGUGACAAAAUAAUCGCAUUCCCACCGGGCCAUAUAUAUGACUCGGAAACUGGCGAGACAACGAGAUAUUAUCAACCUAGUUGGUGGGAUGAAAGUCUGAUACCAACGACACCUAUCGACUACAAAUUGCUAAGAGAGUCCUUGGAAAAAGCUGUUCGUAAGAGGUUGAUGAGUGAUGUGCCGUAUGGCGUCUUACUAAGCGGCGGUCUGGACUCCAGUUUGAUCGCAUCAAUCGCAUCGAGGGAGGCAAAAAAAUUGGUCGCAGGAAUGCGUAACGGGACAACGGAUGACGAACGAAGAGAACUUGGAACGGAUAAACUUCACUCAUUUUCGAUCGGACUUCCGGGUUCUCCGGACUUGAAAGCUGCACGUUCAGUUGCAAAAUUCCUCAAGACUCUACAUCACGAAUUCACCUUCACCAUCCAAGAGGGUCUCGAUGCGAUCCACGACAUCAUCUAUCACCUAGAAACUUACGACGUCACAACUAUCAGGGCUAGCACUCCGAUGUAUUUACUAUCGAGAAAGAUCAAGGCCCUGGGCGUUAAGAUGGUGUUGAGCGGCGAGGGAAGUGAUGAGAUCCUCGGAGGAUAUCUGUAUUUCCACGCUGCACCAUCUGCCGAAGAUUUCCACAAGGAGACGGUCACUCGUGUAAAGCACCUUCACACUGCCGAUUGUUUACGUGCAAACAAAUCGACAAUGGCUUGGGGCCUUGAGGCGAGAGUCCCAUUCCUGGAUAAGGACUUCCUUGAUGUUGCUAUGUCGAUUAAUCCCGAAGAGAAGAUGUUCAAAGAAGGGAAAAUGGAAAAGUACAUUCUUCGCAAAGCCUUUGAUGUCUCAACGACUGGUGAUCAAAAUCCAUAUCUUCCCGACUCCAUCCUUUGGCGUCAAAAAGAACAAUUUUCUGACGGUGUGGGAUACGGCUGGAUCGAUUCUCUCAAAGAGGCAGCGGAAAGUCAUAUUACUGAUGAUCAAAUGGCAGACGCGGCUCAACGCUGGCCAAAGGAUACGCCUCGUACCAAAGAAGCCUAUUGGUACAGAGAACAAUUUGAGAGUUGGUUCCCACAAGAUGCCUGUACGUCUAGCGUUAAACUUUGGAUUCCAAGGAAAGAUUGGG